UUGAUCGCACCAUGUUUAACUGAAUUCUGCGUUUCCGGUACUAAGUUACUGUUGUAUUUGUAUCAUUCAAAUUUAUUCAAUUAUGAUCAGAAAAUGGUUUUUAGCAGUAUUCUAAAUCUGACAGUGCCAAAGCUGAUCGGCUUAGGGGCAGUUGUUGCUGGUAGCAGCAUUGCGAGAGGCUGGGGUGAAUCUAUCAAAUGGACAUCACUCGAUGAAGGCAAGGCUAUGGCCAGACGGUCCAGCAAACCGAUCAUGGUCGUCAUCCACAAGAACAAAUGUCCAGCCUGCAACGACCUGAAACCUAAAUUCGCCAUCGAUUCGGACAUUCAAAACUUGAGCCGGCACUUUGUUAUGGUCAACCUGGAGACGGACGAGGUGCCGAAAUCGUCAGAAUUCCAGCCUGAUGGUCCAUACGUUCCUCGAAUCCUGUUCUUCGGACCGGACUGCAAGCUGAUUUCAGACGUCCACAACAGCGACAAGGCCCAGAAAUUUCUCUACAACGAGGUCAACGAUAUCGCAGACAACAUGCGCCAAGUGCUGAAUGAUAUCAACUGAUCACAAGUAGCACGUGCAGAAAGCGCUAUCUGUUGUUUUUGUUGUACCGGCGCUGCUACUGUUAAUUAGUUGUACUAGAUGGCCAUUUACACAUUAUACUGUGUGAUAUAAGAUUAUAUUUUCAAGUUUUAAGAGGAGAAAAAACGAUUGAAUGAGCUUAGUUUGGAUGCUCUUAUCAAGUUAUUUGUUUUUUAAAGAUAGUUUCGCAGUUUAUUUUUAGAAGUGAUAAAAAUUAUAACAACGCUGAUUAGUGCUUUUUUGCCAAAAUAGCUUAAAAUUAGUCAUUUAUAAGUAAUUUUCUAGAUUAUGAUAUUCAAAUCCAUCAGAACGUGUUAUUUUUCUCUGAUCUAACAUCACAACUCUGACACAUCUGAAACAACGGGAUGUGUAAAACAAGACAAAAGCGAAAGUUAUUUAGGGUGACAACAAUAAUUUACCCCAGUGCCCAUAUGGCAGACGGUGUGAUUGUGUUCCUGAACUCCAUAGCGACCAGGAACUCUUGAGUGACCCCAGGCUGUGUGCGUGAGUUGUAUUCUGUGUGUCAGACGAGAGAAUCAAAAAUAAACAUUUUUUAUAGUCUUUA